AAAGAAAUAUUUUGUUUUGUUCAAGUCCGUCAACGGCUAGAUUUCGUAGCUGACAUCUCUGGCUCGCAUCUGGCCGUACAUCAGGUAUCGGUGGAGGGGUCCAUUUUUAUUGCUGCAACUGGUGAUUUCACUGUUCUCUCCGGCCUUCACCUCUGUAAGACCCUUCUUCUCCUCUACCGGUUGAAUGAGACACAGGAUGUAAAACCCUAAUUUUUAUCGAUUCAAAUUCUUGUCUAUCUCAUAUCUCUCGAACCCUGGUUAUUACUGCGCCCCCAUGUCCUCUAUUUGCUUCUCUCUCUACACGAUGAUUAUCCCUUGAAAUCACUCUCUUCUCUCUCCCUUGAAAUCAUUAACUUUGUUGGCAUUAUCCAUUGAAAUCUCGCUCUAACACCUCUCUCUCCUCUCUCUCUCUCUCUCAUCCCUCCACCUUGUUGACCUUUUCUGUAGAAGCACAGGAAAGGGCUUUGGGUUUGUGUGUAAACCGCAGGACAUAUCCUUUAGAUUGAGUGCUAGGGCUUCUUUGUUGGUUUGUUCCUACCCAAUCAAACCUAUCUCUCUUCUAUCUCCAAACUAUAUUUAUUCCUUGAGCCUCUCUCUCACACACACUAAGCCACUCUCUCUCUCCAUUUUUUUUUUCUCUCUACAAAUCACGAUUAUCUAUAAAUCACGAUUAUCCAUGGAGAUAUUUCUCCUUUUGUCUUGAAACCCUCGCAUUUGGUUACAUUUCGAGUCAAAAACUAGAUUAGGGCUUCCUUGUUUCUGUGUAAACCCUGGGGCACGUCCUCUACAGUAAGUUCUAGGGCUCAUUUGCUAGUUUCCAUAAUGGCGGUUUCUGCUCAAGCUAGUUCCAGUAUGGAGCAGACACUGUUCAAGAAGAAUUUGCAAGAGUUGGCACAACGAUUGGGUACUUCAUUCCCGGUGUUCCAAACUCGUAAUGAGGGCUUCGCGCAUGCGCCGCAGUUCCGUUCAACAGUUAUAAUAGAUGGAGCAACAUUCUGUUCAUCUCACACUUUUCCCCAUCGAAAGGCCGCAGAACAAGAUGUUUCUAAGAUAGCUCUGGAAGGAUUAUACCAGAAGUUAUACAAUGAGGCUUUGCUUCUCAUUAGCGAGGAUCCCACAUUCUGCAAGCAAAUCCUAAAUGAAUAUGCUGUCAAGAUGCACAAGGCCCUGCCAACAUAUCAAACCGCUCAGUGUGACAGUUCCACAUUGCCAGUGUUUUUUUCUUCAGUUACAUUUGAUGAUGUCAAAUAUAAUGGGGGUGCUGGAAAGAACAAGAAAGAGGCAGAGCAAUUUGCAGCCCGAGAGGCCCUUCAAUCGAUUCUGCGAAAGGCUGGCGACUCUACUGUGAGGAAUCCGUUGCCAGAGAUCAUAAAAUCAAAGAUCAAGCUUUAUGCAACCUUCGAUAAGGCCAAGAGAGUUGAAGCACCCAUUGCCCUUUUUCUGCCCGAAGCUCAAAGAACUACCCCUCAGCCUUUGAGCAAUGUUUCUACUCAUGAACCAGUUACUAUUAACUCUCUCUGUAGAGCUGGGGAAAGCGGAGGCCCUCCUGUUCUUUCAGGGAAGGCUCCUAUUUGUGGAACUUCUAGCAAAGAAACGCAAGCUGCUACUACUUCAAGCCCCCCAGUUGUAAUAAAACGAGAACCGGGCAAAUCAUCUGAAAAAGAAAUAAACGAAACCGACUCUGGAGAUGCUGGUAAAGUGAUUGACAAUAUUAAAGUGAAGGAAGAGGUCGUGGAUGAGGUCUGCAUUAUUAGCUCAGAUUCUAAUUUGGGUGAUAGUGAGAAAGCGAAGAAGAGGGUGGGCGAAACGAGUGCUGGAGCGAGGGAACAAUCAAAGAAGAAGAAGAAGAAGGAGUGAGUGUGUGUGUGUGUGUGAGAGAGAGAGAGAGAGAGAGAGAGAGAGAGAG